AUGGCCUUGCUUUGUAGACAUGAUCGUGUCCUGUGGGUCGCAAACCUCACAUCGACAGGAGAAAAACAACACUAUGCACUUGCUCUAUUGGACCGGUUGUUUAAACAUCUCCCUACUCAGAUGACCAUCGGGCUUCUAUAUGACAUUGGAUGCCAGCUUGAAUGGAGCUGUCGCAAGUUUUACGGACAACUCUAUUCUAUCUCACAUUGUUUGCUGUUGCCGUAUUCCAUGCCUAUGGUCACCAAAGGAUUUGGACAGUCUGAUGGUGAAGGAUGUGAACAACUGUGGAGUUUCCUCAAGCCCCUCAUCCCUUCCUUGUGA